UAUUAAUAUCCUUUAUAGCAAAUCUUUAUAGCCUCAUGGCUUUGUUCCUCAUAAGACUAAAUUUCAUGCCUAAAAAGGCGGAAAUAAUAAAACUAGGACGUUAACGUUACCCAAUUAAUAUUGAUAUCGAUGUAUUUGUUGUCAAAAUGGAGUUGCUCUCGUGUAGCUGCUGUCUGCUGCGCCCGCCGGAGAAGGGGCUCGCUACGCUGUACAACCAUAAAGGCAAAAAGGAGGUGUACUCCGACAUGCUCAGAGAAUGCUUUAAUAUAAAUGUCAUCUUAGGAAAUGAAAACUAUGGAAUCUGCGAUGUGUGUGUUGGCCGCUUGAGAGAGGCAAAUGAUUUUAAACUGCAAGUAAAAUGUAGUCAGGCAAAGCUCCGUGAGUGUCUGCAAACAGAGUUAUCUGACACAAAUAAGAUAGAGGAAAUAACCCUCAAGGAGAAGCAUGAAACAGAUGAUACCAGCAAGCAGUUGAAUAUAAAGUUAGAGAAAGCCUGUGGAAGUGAAGCUGUAAGAUGUGAAAUAAAAUUGGAAAAAUCUGAUGUUGAGAUGCCAGAUGGAGAGAUAGUAUCAGUGGCGUUAUACGGUGGGGCACCAACGCCGGCGCUUGCUGACGUAACCAUCUGCGACUCGCCAGAACCAGCUGCCACGUCCAUCGACGCAGCGCAUACAUGCGACAUUUGCCAGAAAUCAUUCGACCACCAAUCAAGGCUCAAAGUCCACCGUCGAAUACACACUGGAGAGAAACCGUACUCGUGCAAUGUAUGCAACAAAAAAUUCGCACAAAAAGGCAACUUGAACGCUCACUUCAAAUACCACAUGGGCGACUUUAAAUUUGCCUGUGAUAAGUGCGACACGCGAUUUACACAAAAAUCUCAUUGGAGCAAACAUAUGUUGAUACAUACCGGUGAAAAACCUCACACGUGCAAGGUGUGCAACAAACAAUUUAGACAAAAAGGCAGCUUAAAUGUACAUUUGAAAAUACAUUUGAAAUCUGAAAGUAAUCAUCUUGAACCAGGAGAACUGCCAGUAUGUAAAAAGGAAACAGUAUAUAACUCAAAUAAUCGUUCAAAAGAUCUCGCAGAAAAACCCCACACCUGUGAUAUAUGUAAAAAACAAUUUGCUGAAAAAUGUAACUUAACAGCUCAUCUCAAAAAUCACACAGGGAAUUAUCAAUUCUCCUGCGAUAUCUGCGAAAGAAAAUUCGCUUCAAAGUCCAGUUUGGACACUCAUAAAUUUGUUCACAUAGGAGGAAAACCGUUCACAUGCGAAAUAUGUCAUAAAAAGUAUACUACAAAAAGUGUUUUAAAACUACAUUCUAAAAUUCACUCGGGGGAUUAUAGCUUUUCUUGUGAUGUGUGCAGCAAACGGUUCAUACAAAAAGAAGCAUUGAUAAAACAUAUGCGCGUACACACUGGUGAAAAACCUUAUUCUUGCGAUAUUUGCCAAAGGAAGUUCUCGUAUAAAUGCGGCUUAAAGAGUCAUUUAAUAGUUAGACACGGCCAAGUUCUAGACCGCCCCAAUCAACCCGUCCCGUCCUAUUCAUGUGAAGUAUGCAACAAGCAAUUCAAAUUUAAAUCCGCUUUAAAAAGACACGUACAAACACACACAGGGGAAAAGGAAUUUAGUUGUGAUAUUUGCGGGAAACAAUUUUCACUAAAGAGUUCUUUAACUAAACACAUAGAUAUACAUAUGGGGAAAAAGCCACACAUGUGCGAAAUAUGUAGCAAGAGAUUCACAUUGAAAAGUACUUUAAGAGCUCACAGAGAAACCCAUAACGAAGAACGGCCAUUCGCCUGCGCAAUAUGUAGCAAGGCAUUCAGACUGAGCAAAUGUUUACAAGACCAUAUGAAAGUGCAUGAGGACUUUAAGCAACACUCUUGUGAAGUUUGUGGCCAGCAAUUCAGACAUAAAUCUGCUUUGACAGUUCACAUCCGGAGACUCCACCUUAGAGAGAGACCGCAUACUUGUGAUGUAUGUGGGAAGAAUUUUCCAGUUCUUGCAGAACUAAAGACGCAUUAUCGUGUGCACACUGGCGAGAGACCGUACGCUUGCUCUGUUUGUCAUAAGAAAUUCCAUCGGCACGAUGGAAUCAGGCGACAUCUUAUACGAGUUCAUCAUGAGAAACCCACAAAAUAUAUUAAAUUAAAAGAGUUUUCAGAUAAUAAAAGAUUUAACUGUAACAAAAUGGAGGAGUUGCACUCAUGCAGCUGCUGUUUGGUGCGCCCUCCGGAAAAGGGGCUCAAGACUCUGUAUAAACACCACGGCAGAACAGAGAUAUAUUACGACAUGAUCAGAGACUGCUUCGAUAUUAAUCUAAGUCUAGGAAAUGACGAAUGUGGGAUCUGCGAGGUAUGCGUGGGGCGGCUGCGGGAUGCAAGUGACUUCAAGCUGCAAGUGCAGCGCAGCCAGGCUGAGCUACGAGCGCGACUCAAGGGAGUGCUCACUGCCAGUGACAAGUUGAAAAUCAAGCUAGAGAAAGCUUCUGGAGACGUGGCCAUAAUUCCAGACGACAUCAAGCUGGAAAAGUCAGAGGUGGAGAUGGCUGAUGGUGAGGUCGUAUCAGUGGCAAUAUACGGCGGGCCGCCAGCGCCCUCCGCGCAACCCGUGCCCACCGCGUCUCGCAUCUCGUUCAAGCCGGCGCCCUCCGUCACCAACCUCGACGACUCCGACCCCUCUCCGACUCCGAACCGCGGCACCAUACACACCUGCGACAUAUGCCACAAGUCGUUUGACCACCAAGCCCGACUAAAGGUCCACAGGCGGUCUCACACCGGAGAAAAACCUUACUCGUGCAAAGUGUGCAACAAAAAAUUCGCACAAAAGAGCAACUUAAACGCUCAUUUCGCAUAUCACAUGGGAGACUACAAAUUUUCCUGCGAUUUAUGCGACACGCGAUUCACUCAAAAGUCUCAUUGGGUUAAACAUAUGCUUAUACACACUGGCGAGAAACCGUAUGCUUGUGAUAUAUGCAAUAAAAAAUUUAGACAAAAAGGUAAUUUAAACGUUCACAAAAAAAUUCACUUGAAAAAUGAUAUAGAGCCUGGAGAAAUAACUGCGUACAAGAGAGAGUCAGAUGAAUUCAAAGAUCGAGUACCCACUGAAUUUUUCACAUGUGAUAUAUGCAAAAAACAAUUUGCAGAAAAAAGCAACUUGAACGCACAUUUAAAAAAUCACUCCGGAGAUUAUCCAUUCACUUGCGAAAUCUGCGAAAGAAGAUUCAAUACACAGUCUGCCUUAGAUGUUCAUAAAUUUGAUCAUACGGGAGGGAAACCUUUUUCAUGUGAUGAAUGCAAUAAACAAUACACAACGAAAAGUGCUUUAAGACUUCACUCAAGAAUUCAUACCGGAGAUUAUAGGUACGCAUGCGAUGUAUGCAGCAAACGAUUCAUACAGAAAGAGGUCUUAAGGCAACACAUGCGUGUGCACACAGGUGAGAAGCCUUACACCUGUGAGAUAUGCCAAAGGAAGUUUCCAUAUAGAUGUGGCUUAAAGAGUCAUUUAUUAGUUAUACAUAAUCAAGUCAUGAACAACCCCACUAAACCUAUUCCGACCUAUAUAUGUGAACACUGCAACAAGCAAUUCUCAAAUAAACCCGCAUUAAAAAGACAUGUACUAACACACACUGUGGGAAAACAAUUUUGUUGCGAUGUUUGUGGCAAACGUUUCGCCAUAAAGAGGACUUUAGUUAGACACAUGGAGAAACACGCCCAGAAGAAAGACGGAGAGAAGGAACCAGAAGACCCAAAACCAUAUAUGUGUGAAAUAUGUAGCAAACGGUUUUCACUAAAGAGCACCUUAAGAAAUCACAGAGAAAUACAUAAUGAAGAAAGACCCUUUGAGUGUGAAGUGUGUCACAAGAAAUUCAGAAUGAAAAAGUGUUUGCAAGACCAUAUGAAAGUGCAUGAGGACUUUAAACAACAUUCAUGUGAAGUUUGCGGCCAGCAAUUCAGACAUAAGUCUGCCUUGACGGUUCAUAUCAGACGAAUGCACUCAGAAAACAGACCACAUAUUUGCGAUGUGUGUAAAAAGGCUUAUCCAGUUCUUGCUGAGUUAAAGGCGCAUUAUCGGGUGCACACUGGUGAGAGACCGUAUGCUUGCGAAGUAUGCUACAAGAAAUUUCCACGACACGAUGGGGUCCGGAGACAUCUUAUACGAGUUCAUCAUGAGAAACCUUCAAAAUAUAUUAAAUUAAAAGAAUUUAAUAAUCCUAACUAAAUUUUAAGAUCAUUAUCAUGUUUACUCUUAUGAAAUACCCUAGGGCCUGCUGAUACUAAAUACAGCGUUGGAAAACAACUUUUUAUGGAGAAUAACAGUUUCUAUGGUGUCAAUAAUGACAUUGAUACUUGGGAUUAUUGCAACAUAGAAAAUAAUAUUUGAAACAUGCGAAAGAAACUCAGGUGCAUAGAUACUUGGCAUUUCAUAUUAACAUUUUAAAGGUAGGUUUACAAAUCUGUAUGGCAUGACAGGGAUACGUGGAGAAAUAAGUGGGAGGUCUUUGCCCAGCAGUGGGACAAUAUGGGCUCACAAUAAUAAUGCUGGCGGCACCCUAGGUUAGGUUUUUUACAAUGUGUUUAGUAUUGUUUUUUUUUUACAUUUUCAUAUUUUACUUUUAUAUCCAUAUUGUAAAAUGCCUAACAUAAAAUAAAAAGAGAAAUAAAUAAAAGGAUAGUAAUGGCAUGACAGCUAUCGGCCAUAUUUUAUACUAAUCGAUCCGGUUUUUAAUCAGACUCUUGUGUAAUAUAAGAAAAAUAUUUAUAAGUACACUAGUUAAUAAGAAAAAAUGUUAAGUUUUACUGGGUAUGUAACGACAUAAAUAUAAUGUUACAUUUUUCAUAUUGUAAUAUUUUCAACUCUAAAUGUCUUAAGCCUAUACUUACCUAUAUAGGUAGGUAUUGCGAGUCUAGUCUAUAUAAGUAAUUUCUAAAACCUUUAAAUCGCUUCAAUAUUAAAUUAGUCUACGUCAUACAACUAUUUAAGUUAAAAAUCGGCUUCAUGUCUUUUUUUUUUGAAGGACUUAAGCAAGAACUUUUAUUAUGUUAAAAAUAUUAUUUUAUUAUUAAUCAAAUAAUAAAUGAUAAUCAAAUUAUGAGGUACUUCAUGCAUAUUCUUUAAGUACUGUUAUUUUAACUACAAUGCUACUAUUUAUUUAAAUUGUAAAAGUUAUCCUAAUUUUAGUAUGGUACCACUUGAUGGUGAAUAAGUGUAAAGUACCUACCCCUAAAUUAUUUGGCCAAAACUAUGAACAAUUCGAAGGGUUCUUUGGUACACAAUAUUGUAUUCAAUAUUUUAAUAUACAUAUACAAAAUAUCUGUAAAUCCCUUAUCAUCUUUCAGUUUGUGCUUUGCCUUCUAAUUUUUUCCCAUUAGUUUGGUCAAAUAUAAAAAAAUGGAUAAUAGAUAUAUAUAUAAUAAUGUUAGCCAUACACUAUAAGAACAAAUUAAAUUACUUUCUAUGAGAAUAUUUUAAUUUGUGUUUUUUACCAGAACAAUUUUGGAAAUUGUCAUAUACUUGGAAAUUUCGACCCAUGCCGCCGAAUCCAUGUGGCCGAGUGGCUCAGGCAUCUGUCGCGUAUAAUGGAGGACGCUGGUUCGAUUCCAGCAGAAGCAUUGGUCAUAUUUUCCUUUGUAUAUGACAUAUAUAUAUUAUAUUUCGUUCAUGUUAGCGAUGGCACAGUUGUCCUAAAUAACAAUAAUAAUAACCAGUAUUAAUAGUAUUAUUGUCUCCUGGAUGACUGGAUAGGACAUAAAGAACUAGUUGAUCCAACUUUAUUUACCUAAAUCUUAUUUAGUAAAUACAUUUUAUUAUUUUUGAUUUAUGAAGUGUACCUACUGUAGUAUUAAAGGUUACUUUUAUAGGUAUACAUAUGUGGCUUGUAGUUAAUAAAAUAGUGACAUA